GAUCUUGUAAAGCUUCUCCAUCGAGCACUUGAGUCUGCUCACCAGGAAAAGAGAGCCUGCAAUGAAUACCUGAAUGCUGCAGAGGAAAAAGAUAGACUUGAAAUGAUACGUCACAAGAUUAGGCAAAUCGAAGACCUGAAGCAACGAGUCGAGGUUCUUGAACAGGAGAAGAAAGAUCUGGAACAGUGUGCCAGCUUCAAGGAAUUCCACAUUGAUGAACUAAAAGAGCAUAUUCAGCUAUUAAUGGAGAAAAAUAAUGCAAAACAGCAAGUUAUCUUGAAACAGAAUGAACAGCUUCUCAGCCAAAGUGAUCCAGAUGUCUCAAACAGCAUCUUAAAAGACACCUUACAGCAGCAUUACCGAAAGAUUGAAAGCUUAAUGGUUCUCUUUCCAAAGGAUGACAUAAAUGCCUACAAAACGCAGAACCAGUUUUUAAAUUCUGAAAUCCACCAAGUAACAGAGCUAUGGAGAAACACAGCUGAGAAAGAAUCUGCUCUUCUAAUGAAGUGCUCAUACUUGGAAGCUAGAAAUUGCCAAAUAGAAAGCAAAUAUUUAAUUGUGUUGAGAAAGUUGCAGGAAGCUCUGCCAUAUCUGGAUUCUGAGUACUGUGAAGUCAUAAAAAAUCUGAUAGAAGAUGCCUUGCAAUCUGACAUGAAAAAGGUCCAUAACCAACUGGAUGUACAUUUCAGUCCUCUCAGUGAAUAUGAUGACUAUGGCUUUGUUAUAAUACCAGAAUAUGAGGUUGAACACUUGAAACUUUUAGCCAAAAUUCAAGCAUUAGAAAUUCGAUCCAACAAGCUCCUCACACAUGAAGUUGUGGACAAACCUUUAAGAAUGAAAUGGAAUAGUAUCGAGGAACUAAACCACUCUAUGGAGCUGAAGAACUUAGCGAGGAGUGGAAUUCCUCCAGAACACCGUAAACGUGUAUGGAAAUGGCUCACUGCUCAACGGAUUCACAUCAGAUCACACCAUUACGCAGAUCUUCAGAUAAAAUGUGAAAGUUCUCAGCACCCAGCCUCUCAGCAGAUUGAACUUGAUAUACAUCGAACUUUGACCAAUAACAAGCACUUCAGUUGCCCUACAUCAGAUUUUAUUCAAAAGCUGAGGAGGGUGCUUCUUGCAUACUCAUGGCAAAACCCAACCAUUGGGUACUGUCAGGGACUGAACAGGUUAGCUGCCAUAGCACUUUUGGUUUUGGAGGAUGAGGAGAGUGCAUUUUAUUGUCUAGUUGAUAUUGUUGAGAACAUAAUGCCACCAGAGUACUAUAGUAAUAACCUAACAGGAUCACAGGUGGAUCAAAGAGUAUUCAAGGAUUUCUUUUCGGAAAAACUGCCUCGUUUGACUGCACAUUUUCAGCAAUACAAGAUUGACCUCUCUCUUAUCACUUACAACUGGUUUCUGGUAGUGUUUGUUGACAGCCUGGUUAGUGAUAUUCUUCUGAGAGUGUGGGAUGCCUUCCUGUAUGAAGGAACAAAGGUAAUCUUUCGUUAUGCACUUGCAAUAUUUAAAUAUAAUGAGGAAGAGAUCCUAAAGCUGAAUGAUGAAAUGGAAAUCUACCAAUACCUUUCAUUUUUCACAAAGACCAUCUGUGAUGGCAGAAAACUAAUGAACAUUGCCUUCAAUGAGAUGAACCCUUUCCCAAUGAAGCAUAUAAGAAAUCGCCGAGCUGUGCAUUUGGAGAAAUUUAAGGCAGACCUGGCUGAACUCGAAAAGAUUAAGCAGGAAUAUUUUAGGCAAAAGGAAGAGCUUGGAAGUGGCGAUAAUGACUGGGAAUUAGUGAGGAUGAAGAUGAUACUUGAACAUUAA